GCUCAUCUUCUCUCAACAGUCCACUCCUGACACCAUGUGUUACUAUGGCAGCUACUAUGGAGGCCUGGGCUAUGGCUAUGGAGGCCUAGGCUAUGGUUGUGGCUGUGGCUAUGGCUAUGGUGGCUAUGGUGGCUAUGGUGGCUAUGGUGGCUAUGGUGGCUAUGGUGGCUAUGGUGGCUAUGGUGGCUAUGGUGGCUAUGGUUACGGCUGCUGUCGCCCCCUGUGCUAUAGAAGGUACUGGUCCUUUGGCUUCUACUGAGGCAUUUCUAUAGAUGCCCAGACAUCCUGACUGGAAGUGCUUCCAAGUAUUUUCACAACAGCAACUCAAAUAUACAUUCAAAACUUCAACCUUUAUACCAAAUACCUGAAAAAUAAUUGAAAUAGAACACGAUCAUCUAAUUCCUCAUCAUCAACCGAACUGUGAUUAUCUG